GAGAGGUUAAAGAAAAAUGACCGAAAAUGCUUGGUUCGUCCUCGGAAGAGCUGCUAACAUUUCUUUCCAGGUUGUGAUGUGCACGUUACAGAAGACUUGAUUUAGCAGGAGCACGUCUUUUGAAUAACAGAACUUGCUGAUACCUAUGGAACAAGAUGCAGCUAAAGACCCGGCCUGGAAUACGAGCUCAAUGUCUGACUUCAGUCUCAAGCCACGUCAACGUACAGUGACCUGGCAGAUUUCUUCUGGUCAUGUUUGUCAGUUUCUCACUUCAACCUGGCUGUACCCUGUACAUAAAGAAUUGGUCAGUGUAAUACAUUAAAAAUAU